AUGGCUAUAGCUAUAUCAUGUUGUGGUUUUCAUAACAGUGGGAUAUUAGUCAACCCUCAAGAUAUAGCUCCUAAACACGCUGGCUCCGUCUUCGGUAUAAUGAAUAUGGCUGGAGCUAUCCCAGGUUUUGUAGGGGUAUAUAUCGCAGGACAUAUUUUAGAAGCCACAAAAAGUUGGAGUGCCGUGUUUAACCAAACAGCAGGAGGGUGUAGUAUAUUAUGGAUGUUGGGGUUGAGAUAUUUCUUAAUUAAAAAACAUCGUCUGAAUAAUAUUAACGUGAGAUUAGACGAGGGACCGAACCCAAAUAAAAUACGAGGUCAACCAGCUGUACCCUGGGUCACACUCUUCACUAAACCAGCUUUCUGGUCAUUAAUAGUUGGUCAUUUUUGUGAAAAUAACGCUUUUUAUAUUUUAUUGUCAUGGUUACCAACAUAUUUUCAUGAAAAUUUUCCCCAUGCCAAG